ACUGUAUAAAUAAAAUACAUUUAAAUUGAAAUUCAAUUGAAGGGUGGCCCAGCUUUUGACCCUGAGACUAUAGCUGCUUCUGAAUCCUAGUUGCUCAUUUCAACUGCUCCUGUGUGGCUGUAGCAAAUACAGUGAACCCCUUAUUCCUGAAAUCUGUUGCGGAUUCCCAUAAAACAAACGCCAAACAGUUACUUGUACAUUACUUGAUUCAACUGAUGCACAAGGCUGAUCUUUCAACAUUGAGUUUUCAAAAUAUGGGAGCUUUUGUAAACUGAAAUCUCACGCCUGUCAACUUUUGAAAAUACAAAAUUGCGAGCAGGGGUGCAGGUGCGUGGCUAAGUAUAUGAACUUGCCUAGUGCACCGAAUGCAUGCCUGCCGCAGGACUUGACGGGCCUUGCAGUAAUCACACACCGGCCAUGAAUUUUGUACACAUUAAAGGUUUGCUGACAUAAGGGGGUUUAACAGUAGAAGCCGGGAGAAAAUCUGUUCCGAGGGAUGUCUGGGAGAAGGGUCCAAAAUAAUGGAGACUCCCAGUGAAUAAAGGAGAGUUGACAGGUCUGACAAGGCUUUGCAGAUUUAUAAUCUUUGAUAUUUGGUUGGUUAAUGACAGGAAAGAAGGCCCUGAAUAGGUGUGGAUGAUGUCACUCUCUAGAUGGAAAAAUUAUCAGGGAAGUUGAAGCCAAAGCCUGCAAAAAGAGAUUUAUUUAACCUAGUCUAGUACCAGGAAUCAUGGUUUAAAAUGAAAAUAAAUGUUUGUAAAAAUGUUUGCUUCCUGCCUUUUAAAACUACAGAUUUUAGACCUUUAUUGUGACUGGAUGAGCAUGUCUCUGCUUUGUGGUUUUUUUUUGUUUUUUUUGUAGAACAGCGCCAUCUUGAGGUUUGCACAAUUACCUUAUAUUUAUUGCUUUUAAUUAUAACCGGCGUGACACUCAUUGUACUCUCUAGUCCUAUAAUGAGCUCAGCUAAAAUAAAACAAAUAUACAAAAUGUGUAAUUUCCUUUUCUGAGGUAGUCUUUGAAAUACAAAAAUAUUUUCCAAGAUGGCUGCUGAUCUUUGUUCUUGUAAAGUGCAAUAAUUGCCCCAACAGUGCUGUUUGUAUAUUUUCGUCUGUUACAUGAUUCGUGUGGUCUUACGUGUUAAACUGACAUACCCAGCUCUCUAGGUUUAUGUAGACUUAAAAGGGGAAAUACAAAAUAAUUAAAAAGUAGGUCCUUCACCCAGAAACUUUCCAACUUAUAAUGUGCUCAACAAACUGCUCUGUUCCAGUUUUCUUAUAUACACACUGCAUCGUAUAUAUGUGUUUGUGUUCCAGAAUGUAUCCCUGUUGCUGCUGUAGUAAGUCACGCUGUUAUUCAUUUAUGCGGGGCUCACUGGUUGUCGCCGAGGGAGCACACUUUAGACACACAACAGGACAAGAAAUCAUUGGGGGUUGUUUAUUUUAAUUUUUUUUAACUAGGUUUAAAUACUGGCCUCCACUUCGUGCAUGGGAAAAAUAUGAAUUUUACUAACUGGCUAAAAAUAAACCAUAGUGCUCAAUAAGAACCCAUAUAACCACUCAACUGCACCUUUUCUAAUCACUAGUUUAUAAAGCACACUGAGAUAUGUAAAUAGGAAGAGCUACAAUAUAUGACAUUAUUAUUAUUAUUAGUAGUAGUAGUAGACAAUGUAAACACGUGUUAAAUAAACCAUAUGAUUUUAACUGAACGUUACUAUUUGGUAUUUUCAGUGAUUUUGGUAUUUUCACCGAAAUUUGCACAAGCCCGUUUGUGAAUUACUAUGCACUUAGUUCGUCUCUCCCGCCAGUAGACGGAGACACACCAACAUUCCUGCAGGAUUACUUGUACACUCAUCAUGCAAGCAAUUUCUUUCUCAACUUUUUGUUAAGUUUCAGCCACGCCCUGGACAACGCAAACAGCGAUUCGGCAUCAAGUGUCUGUCCUGUAAACUGAGAAGAGUUCCAGAAAGUUUGUUUUAGAAAGAAAAGUUAUGAAGAAGUGGCUAGCUUUUCAGUUUUUAUGUAUCGGUUAACCACAGUGUUGCUAUAAGACGGCUGGUUGUAGUUAAAGAAAUCAAGCGAUAGCAUUUUUUUUUUCUUUUUUUUUUUUUUUUUUUUUUUUUAGAAAUAAGUAUAAACUACAACUAUAAUGGAUUAGCUAGCUUUUUACAAACUUAACGAAGUAAAGGCUUUGUAACAUUCAUUAACAGGAACGAAUUUGAUGUUUGUUUUGUUAUUGUAUUAACGGCGCCAUUCUAAAAGGUUAACGGUGAAUAUUUGGGGUUUAUGUAGAAUCCAGUAUUUGUUUUUAAGCAAAUAAAUCUCAAUACUUUUUAUUUGAAAAAAAAAAAAAAAAUGUCACGAAAUGAAAAUAAGAGGUUAUACGCCUCCGAUCCUCCUUCUCAAGCGAGUGGGAGCGGGGUUAACACCAGGGCGAAAUGUUCCGCUUGCAGACAUUUUUAUUGCGACCCCAAAAUCCUGCCCUGCCUCCACACUUUCUGCGCAGAAUGCAUUCAACAGCUGGAGCAGUUUUCGAUCCAGGGGAAGACAGCGGAAACACUACCCGAGGAAUCCUACCUUCGCGACCAGCCCUCGGUCACUAUCCUUUGCCCGGUCUGUGAUUCGGAAGUGGAUUUGCCCCCAGCAGGGGUACAAGGGUUAACCACCAACCACCUCGCCGUGAACGAAGUGUUUUUGGAGAGUUUGUUGAAUGAGGACUGUGAGCUAGUCUGUGAUCUGUGCAGCGAGGGGGCUGCCAAGAAAUGGUGCAAUGUCUGCUGUGUCAAUCUGUGUGAGUUCUGCUGUCAGGCACACAGGAGACAGAAAAAGACAGCUUCCCACACCACCGUGCGCCUUCAGGACCUGAACGGAUCCAGCAGAAUUGUCAAGCCCAUCAUGUGCUUGUUGCACCCUGCAGAAGAGGUGAGACUGUUCUGCGAGACCUGCGACCGGCCCGUGUGCAGAGACUGCGUAGUGACGGGACAUCGCGACCAUGCCUGCGAUUACGCCGCAAAUGUCAUCCACAAGCACGGGGACUCUGUGCGGGAGCUGCUGAAGAAUGUCCAGCCGCACGUGGGUGUGCUUGAGAGGGCCCUGAGCGACAUAGAGUGCAUGCAGCAGUCUGUCGAGGUUCGAGCAGACGCUGUGGCCGAGGAAGUCCGCGUGUUUGCCGAAGGCUAUAUAAAAGCCAUCGAGAAGCACCGCGAUGGGCUUCUGAAUCAGCUGGAGGAGCUGCGGGUGCAGAAGAGGAACCAGCUGCACCUCCAGCGGGUUCAGCUGGAGCAGAUCCUGGCCGACGUGAAGACCGGAGUGGACUUCACAGAACGCCUGCUGACCAGCGGUUCUGAUCUAGAGAUCCUGAUGGCCAAGGGGGUAGCGGUCAGUCGGCUGAAGAGGCUGCUUGAGGUGGGGUAUAACCCCCAUCCGGCCGUGGAUGAUGGUGUAUGCUUUCUGCCCCAGGAGAGAGCAGUGCAGAGUGGCGGGUUCGAGGUGUAUGGAGUGAUCCACACCAGGGCAGUGGAACCGACUAAAUGUUCCAUUAAAGGGGAAGGAUUUCAAGUGGGGCGCCAGGGUCACCCCAGUGAAUUCACUGUGAUCUGCAAAGACUCGGCUGGAGAACAGAUGGCUAAAGGAGGGGAGACUGUCCGUAUCAGCAUCGUUCACAAAGAGAAGAAGGAUUGUGCCACAAAGGCUGCAGUCCAGGAUAACAAUGACGGAACGUAUCGCGUGUCCUACACCCCUCAGGAAGCAGGGACAUACACUGUGUGGGUCUGUGUUACAGGACAGCAUAUACAGGGUUCCCCCUUUGUCCUGGUUGUGAGGAGUAAAGUUCGCAAACACCGUGGUGUGUUCCACUGCUGCACAUUCUGUUCCAGCGGAGGACAGAAGGAGGCUCGCUGUGGAUGUGGGGGGAAAAUGCCAGGUGGGUACCAAGGCUGUGGACAUGGGCACAAAGGUCAUCCUGGGAAGCCGCACUGGUCCUGCUGUGGAAAUCUCACAGAAGUCUCUGAAUGCUCUGGACCCACCACAGGCACAAACUCCUCCCGCAGCCUCUUCAGAACUGUCGCUCUCUGAAUAUCUGAGCACCGGGUCAGAUCUGAUCGCUGCCCCAAAACACCUCUCCACUAUGUAUUUGAUCCAUUUAUUAACACACAAAUGAUUAUAAAUAGUGCCAACAUGAGAACUAUCUAAAUCUCUUUCCUCUCUCUCUCUCUCUCUCUCUUUGUGUACAACGUUAUAAUAUAUACACACAAGUUAUUUAAAAACGUGUUGUUUAAAUGUUCGGACAUGCAUUAUAAUUGUCUUGUGUUAUUCAGUUAGGUGUCAUCAGCUGAUGGGUUACAUUUACUGAUAGUUUCGAAUUGGGUUAGUCAUGUCUUUCCCUAAAGAACCAUGGCAAUAUAGGUAUUGUGUUUAAUUAGAAGAGAUUGAAUGGGAAACAUGCAUUACAAAGAAAUACUCUUAUGUUGAUUACAUUUGAAGUACAUUAGGAUUGAGGUAUUCGUGCAGCAGUACACUGCAAAAGGAACUAACAUUUUGCCUCUACAUUUAAUAUUUACAGAGGGAAAGGAAAUCUUAGGUCACUUACAAAGCUGAGUUAUUGUCUGUUUUCAAACUGUACAUUUAAGCUCAAGCAGCAGCAAAAACAUUAGCUAAUAAUUCUUGUGUGAGGAGUCCCAGUUGUAUACCAUUGUCAUUCACAUGUGCAAAUCUCACACACUAGACAUGUUAAUAAGUAACACCUUCCAAGUUGUUUUUAUUGGGAGGAAGGUGUGAAUGAAUUUAGUGAACAUCUUGUCUGGCUUCUUGGUAGUUUUAAUUAAUGCACUGUUUUUUGGAAAUUUGUAACAUGGAAAAUUAUGCACGCAGUACCAAGUUAACACAAGCAAAAAAUCACUAGCGAUGUUUCACAGCCCUGGAAAUAGUUAUACCACAAGUGGAAAUGGUAUUCAAAAUUAAAAUGUGUUAGGGAUUUAUGAAAAUCAAAAGGUUCAUAGCUAAUGCUCUUGUCUGACAAUGAAAUGUGUUUUGUACUGCAGAUCAAAACUUGUUUAAUUAGUAACAAUGUAAACGUGAUAGACAAUAAGAGCCAUAUUCAGACAGAAUUGUACUAACCAUUUUAAUUCUUAAAACAAAAACCAACAAAAAAACAUACUUGCUAGUUCUGUAACAUUAGUAGUUUGGUUUUGCUAGACUCGCACAGUGUUAAAUGGUUUGUGAAUGUGAUCCUUUGUGUUUUGUUGAAUACAUACUAUUGCUUGGAUUUUAUAAAAAUUAUAAACGUUUGAAUGGUGACAAAAACCAAACAUUGUAAUUAUAAACCACUGCAAAAACAAUGUAAAAUAAAAAUACAACUAAACAUUUUUUUUUCUAAAAUGCCUAUUGUGUUUAAAUAGGUUUACAAGUUUAAUCUGUUAAAUAUUGAUUUACAGCUUUGAUUUUACAGAUGAAAACUGUGCAGACAAACGUAUAGUGUUAGCUACAAAUUUUAUUGUUUUGUAAAAACAAGGUUAAUUUAUGUGCUUUUAUUUCGUACCACUUGUUACAGAAGGUAGAUUUUUGCUGUAUAAUUAUAAAUAUUUUGCACAUUGUAAAUGGAUUGUGAUGAGUAUUUUUCAACAGAGCUAAAGAUUACUACUGUGGAUCAGUGAAUGAUAACAGUACUAUAUACAAAUCCUUAUUAACUUUAUUUACAUCAUCAGUGGUUAGUGAAUGCCUGUAUAUGUAAAAUGUCGUCAGAUAUAAAAAUUAAACAGCAGCUCUGAGAUUACUAGCAUUACCCCUGUGAAAUGGUUUGGGGUUCUGAUAAUCUGUUGUGCUGUUGAUAUCAUUUAAUAUGGAGAACAUUCUUGAAGUGCAUUCCACAUAAUAAAAGGUUCCCAGAUUUGAAGCAUAACCGGAUCAAUGGCACAACAGCAAAAUCCGACUGAAUCAUUUAAAUUGAUGAUCCCAAAAGUCUCCUCUGAGGAGCAACUAAACCCAUAUGCAGAUAUUUCACAUCAAUGAUGCUGCUUUUAUAGACACUGUAUGCCUUGUGUUUGUUAUUAAUUGUGUAGGUGCGCCAGCAUUAACAGCCACUUGAUGUCGCUGUUGUGCUAUUGAAAUGACAAAUUACAAACUGAUGACUGACCCAUUAAAAUAAAUUGCCUAUUGUAAAGAAACUGGAAUUGCUAUAGGUGCCUUAGCUACUAUAGCCCUUAAAUCUUUCACUGCAGAGAUUUAAUAUUACUAAUUACACAUUCUCUUUUUGCAAGAUGCCAGGACCCCAUUACCCUGCCCCUGCAUGUUUCUGACACUUUACACCACAGCAAAAGUUCACAAGGAUCAAAG